AUGAUUGGCGAGCUGGGAGAUGUUGAGCGCAAGACAUCAGCCUCACGGCGACGGCCGGUAGACCUGAUGGACACAACGGAUGGGAAAGCUCCCUUAGGAGUGGAAGAACUAAAGGAAGAUCGACAGUCGGCUCAGCAUCAAACUAACGUGCCCGACGCUGAAGGCCCCCCCACUGCGAGGGACUUUGGAGGCGCGAAUGCCUUCACCUUCGGGACUUAG